GCUAACUCUCCUCCAUCUCUGCGUCCGGUCCGGUUAGCAUCUCUGCUCCGGGUGUUAGCAUUGCAGCUCCCGGUGUUAGCAUUGCGGCUGAUUCUCUCUCUCUCUUUUUAUCUUUUCUUUUUCUCAUUCCCUCUCUUCCUCCGGGACCCCCCCCUGCCUCGCGGAUGGCGCAGCUCGUGGGCCCGCUCCGCGCCGAGCUCGCGGAGUCGGCGGCGGCGGCGCGCGCGCUCGUGGUGGGCGCGGGCGGCAUCGGCUGCGAGCUGCUCAAGAGCCUCGUGCUCACGGGCUUCGCGCGCGUGGAAGUGAUCGACCUGGACACCAUCGACGUUAGCAACCUGAACCGGCAGUUCCUCUUCCAGAAGAAGCAUGUGGGCAAGUCCAAGGCGCAGGUCGCGAAGGAGAGCGUCCUGCAGUUCUGCCCCAAAGCUAACAUCACGGCGUACCACGAUAGCAUCAUGAACCCCGAUUAUAACGUGGAGUUUUUCCGCAACUUUACGCUGGUGAUGAACGCGCUGGAUAACCGAGCCGCCCGUAACCACGUGAACCGCAUGUGCCUGGCGGCGGACGUGCCGCUCAUCGAGUCCGGGACUGCCGGCUACCUGGGUCAGGUGACCGUCAUCAAGAAGGGGCUAACGGAGUGCUACGAGUGCCAGCCCAAGCCGGCGCAGAAAACCUUCCCAGGAUGCACCAUCCGCAACACGCCGUCGGAGCCGAUCCACUGCAUCGUGUGGGCGAAGUACCUGUUCAACCAGCUGUUCGGAGAGGAAGACGCCGACCAGGAAGUGUCGCCCGACACCGCCGACCCCGAGGCCGCCUGGGACCCGGCGGAGGCCGCCGCCCGCGCCGGCGCGUCCAACCAGGACGGCGACAUCAGGCGGGUCUCGACCAAAGAGUGGGCGCGGUCCACGGGCUACGACCCCGUCAAGAUCUUCAACAAGCUGUUCAAGGACGACAUCAUGUACCUGCUAACGAUGGAUAAGCUGUGGAGGAAGCGCAAGGCGCCGCUACCGCUAGACUGGGCCGAGGUGCAGAAGCUGGUCUGCCCGCAGGACGACACCCUGGGGGCGGGGCUGCGCGACCAGCACGUGCUGAGCGUCCGCGGCUACGCCCAGCUCUUCGGCCGCAGCGUGGAGACGCUGCGCGCGCAGCUAGCGGAGAAGGGCGAGGCGGGCGAGCUAACCUGGGACAAGGACGACCCCCCGGCGAUGGACUUCGUCACCGCGGCGGCGAACCUGCGGAUGCACAUCUUCAGCAUGGCGAUGAAGAGCCGCUUCGACGUGAAGUCCAUGGCGGGUAACAUCAUCCCGGCGAUCGCCACCACCAACGCGGUGAUCGCCGGCCUCAUCGUGCUGGAGGCGCUGAAGAUCCUGGCAGGAGACCUGGAGCAGUGCCGCACGAUCUUCCUCAACAAGCAGCCGAACCCGCGUAAGAAGCUGCUGGUGCCGUGCGCCCUGGACCCGCCGCGCGCCGGCUGCUACGUGUGCGCCGCCCGGCCCGAGGUCACCGUGCGGCUGGACGUGCGCAGCACGCUGGUGCUCAGCCUGCAGGACAAGAUCCUGAAGGAAAAGUUCGGCAUGGUGGCGCCCGACGUGCAGAUCGAGGACGGCAAAGGGACCAUCCUCAUCUCCUCGGAGGAGGGGGAGACCGAGGGGAACAACGCCCGCUGCCUGGCGGACUUCGGCAUCCGGAACGGGAGUCGGCUCCAGGCCGACGACUUCCUGCAGGACUACACACUGAUGGUCAACGUGCUGCACUGCGAGGAUCUUGGGAAGGAUGUGGAGUUUGAGGUGGUGGGCGACGCCCCGGAGAAAGCCCCGCCCCCAGCAGCCACCCAGGGCGAGGCGGGGAAGAGCAUAGCCAAUGGGAGCGAAGACUCCGCCCAGCCGUCCACCUCCACCAAGGCCCCCGGCGACCAGGACGACGUGGUCCUCCUCGAAUCAGACGAGGAGGCGGAGGAGGAGGAGGGCGCCGCCCCGUCCUCCUCGGCCCCGCCCCCCGGCGCCCAGAAGCGCAAGCGCCCGGACGUCGCCGCGGAGACCGCCGAGGGCGUCGCCAAGCGCAAGCGCCUGGCCCCGCCCCCCGACGGCGACGACGACGACGAUGACAUCAUCGCGCUCGACUGAAAGGGAGGGAGGGAGACGACGGAUCCUCCGGCGCCGUUUUUCCUCUUUUCUUACCUGGGUUUUUUCCCUUCUUUUCCCUCCCUCCCUCC